CAAAACGAGUAGUAAAACAUGGAAUCACUAAACUUAUGCCAAAUUCUACCGCUGAUCCUCUGCAUCCUCCUCCUCUUCCUUAUAUUGAAGAAGCUUAAAUCCCCCAAAUUCUCCAGUACUAUUAAGCUUCCCCCAGGACCAACGAAACUCCCCAUUAUAGGAAACAUUUUCCAGCUUCUCGGUGACCAUCCUCACCGAAGAUUGCGUGACCUUGCCAAUGAGUAUGGCCCUCUGCUUCUCCUCAAACUCGGAGAAAUAAAUCAUAUAGUCGUCACAUCCUCAGAAGUUGCCAGCAAGGUUAUGAAGACCCAUGACAUCAACUUUGCUUCACGGCCAGAGUUCCUUGCCACCAAAAUGAUCUUUUAUGAUGGCAGCGGCAUCGGCUUUUCUCCUUACGGUAAAUAUUGGUCACAGCUACGCAAGAUAUGCACAGUUGAAGUACUCAGCGCCAAGCGCGUCCAGUCUUUCAGUUUUCUAAGGAAGGAAGAAGGAGAUAACAUUGUGAAUAAGAUCCGCAUGGCGAGGGGAUCGCCUGUGAACCUUUCAGAGAUGUUUUUAUUUUUGACGAGAACGACCAUUUCUAGGGCGGUGUUCGGGAGGGACAUUGCUCAUAAAAAAAAUUUUCUAAAUGCGAUGAGAGACGCCUCCAGGCACUUGUCGGGAUUUGAUAUUGUAGAUCUUUUCCCAUCUUUGAAGUCUUUGAAGUUCAUUAGCAAAUUGUUCAUUAGCAAAUUUACUCCUUCGAGGGCUCGGUUGGAGAGAGUGCGUCAGAUUUUGGAUGAGAUUUUGGACGAGAUUUUUGAGGAGCAUCAAGCCAGGAACUUCACGAGACAUGACUGCGUCGAGGAUAUAGUUGAUGUUCUGUUCAGACUUCAGAAUCAAGGGGAGUUGGAUAUUCCUCUCACCACGGACAAUAUCAAAGCUGUGCUAUUGGAUUUAUUUUUACCCGGAACUAUCACCUCAUCUGCUACAUUGGAAUGGGCCAUGUCUGAGCUCAUUAAAAACCCUAACAUCUUAAAAAAGGUUCAAUUAGAGGUGAGAAAUGCCUUCACUGGAAAAGAAAUUAUGGAGGAGAAAGACAUUAGCAAGCUUCCCUAUUUGAAUAUGGUGAUUAAAGAAACAGCUAGACUACAUCCCGCGGGACCGUUAUUACUUCCUAGAGUUUGUCGCAACACAGUAGAAUUGGACGGAUACACAAUACCUGCUGGAAGUCGGAUUAUGAUCAAUGCGUGGGCAAUCAUGAGGGAGCCAAAAUGUUGGGUUGAUUCAGAAACCUUCCGACCUGAGAGAUUUGAAGAGGCUACAUUUGAUUUCAAAGGGUCUAACUUUGAGUAUAUUCCCUUUGGUGGAGGAAUGAGGAGUUGUCCAGGCGUAACAUUUGCAAUAGCUGGCAUAGAGUAUUGGCUUGCACAAUUACUCUUUCACUUUGAUUGGGAGCUCCCUGGAGGAAUGAGUCCCGAGGAAUUGGAUAUGGAAGAAGUUUUUGGUUUGACGAUAUCUAGAAAAAAUGAUUUGCUUGUAGUUGCCACUCCAUAUAAGUAAUUUUUCUUUUCCAUUACAAAAUAAUACCAGAUGUUCUUCUAAUAUAUAAACGAUGUUGUAAAAUGCCUACUAAAUGUGUCUGGAGACAUUUUAUGCAAAGUGUACUUUA